AUGGAUAAUGGAAGGUUCACCAUUGGUCUACCUCAUCCCGAAGGUGAAGAGCCGAGCCCAGAAGAGAUCUUUGCUGUCGUAAAAACGCCGGACGAUCCCAAAACGAGUUUCAAAACUGGUUACGGUAAAUACAUUGGAGUUGAUGCUAAUGGUGCCCUUGUUGCUACAGCAGAAGCCAUUGGACAACGUGAACGUUUUCAAGUUGUUUUCGAAGAGGGAAAGAGCGCCAUCCAAGCAGUCUGUAAUCCCUUGUUCUUAUCAAUGGCCGUAAGUAAGGAUGGUUCGAUUUAUGUAGCCAGCAAAAAAGCCGGUGAAGAAGAAAUGGUUAAUAUCCGUACGAAUGCCAAGAAAACUGGUCCAAUAGACUGGCGAGCCGACGCGGACAAAAAAUCUGCCAAGGACUGCUCCAUGGCCUAUGUGAAGAUGUACCAACACUCAAAAGUCGAAACAAAAAAUCGUGCUAUUCCUGAAGAGGUCUUCGAUAUGAGAUCUGUGAAACGUGCACAAAAGGAAGGUGACCUCCAUGAAACGUUAUUAGCUAAGCGGAUUAAGAUGAAAUCGGAUCGCUAUUGUUGA